GACGGGAUAACAAUGAACUGCGUGCUAAUCUCUUUCGUGAUCUUGCACGGAUCUUCCUGAGCUUUGCAAAAUCCCCACUUCCACGAAUUGGAUCUUUUACAAUAUGUGAUAGUGGGUACUUGUGUCUUGCGAAUCGGCCCUUAUCACUAGGGAUCUAGGAGCUCGAAAAUGAAGGAAUACCUGUUGGUAUACCCCGCGAUUCAACAUAUUUAUCAACAUAUCACUAUGUGGAUGACUUACUUGCGGUGCAUGAUUCUCGGCUUCGCUAUCAACCUAAUGCUAUUAAUAAUCGAUCGGACUUUGCCUACCAAUCUUCAAUCCUUACAGCAAUGCGCAUGCUACCUCGGCUUUUUUUUUACACAGAACUGCCGUGGACCAUUCUUUUUCUUUCUUACAGACCUCCACCGAAGACUUCAUGGCUAUCCUCAGAUCUGAAGAAAAGAAACUUUCACGCGGCUCAGAACUAUCUAGUAUCUUAGAAAAGGCUUGGGACACUAGAGCAUAUUGGUACGGACUUGCAUUGGCAACAACAUCCGGACUUUUCUGGCUAUUUGACAACAAAAUCCACCCACUUUUUAGAAAGGGUUUUCCCAGUUUUGCAUUUUACCGCGAGCUGACAUGGUUUUGGGACUGGGAUCGCGAAGGAAUCAUUUCCAAGAAAGUGGACGACAAGGCAAGCUAUGACAGUUGCCUCCAGCAAGAAUUCAGCGGACCUACUACUGGCUCUGAUCUUGACCCUGAUGGGGCUCGUCAGGGGAUGCAGCCUCCUCUGCAGGGAUCGUUCGUCGUUUUGCCUUGACAGCAUUGGUGGACGAGCCAAGUUGCUGAAGAGUCUCCUUAUCUAUGCUUGUAAUAACUUCUUUCUUAACAGCAACUUCAACCCCUUCCGGUUAGGUGGCUGCAUCCUUGUUACCGUCAGAUGCAGACAUGGGACUUGCUGGGCGCGAUUUGCUAGACGGGACGUGACUUGCUAAGUAAUGACU